AUGAAAUUCAAUUCUCCUUUCUUCAUUGUUUCUUCAUUCAUCUCGCUUACUUCAGGGCGGGCCUUGCAGCAAGAUUUGGCCCAAGAUGUGGUAACAAGUACUUCAGCACCACAUUCCGUCGAUAAUGGAGUUCUAGUAGAGUCACGCGCAGCCGGAACAUCUCGUACAAGCAGUCCAGCUGGCUGUCUUGUUGUUGGUGGUUCAGGAGCUUAUUCCACCUUUGCAGAUGCUGUCAAAGCAUUGGGUUCCAAAACCACAGCUCAAUGCAUUUUCUUGAGUGCUGGUACCUACAAAGAGCAAGUUACAGUAAACUAUGCCGGUAAACUAACUAUAUAUGGAAGUACUACCGACACUUCUAACUUUGCGGGGAAUCAGGCGACAAUAACUAGCGGCAAGAGCUCAGCACAAGCAGGGACGCUCGACAAAUCAUCUACAGUAAACUUUGUCGGGAGUAAUGUCAAGAUUUACAACGUAAAUUUCGAAAACUCUUUUGGAAUCGCAAGCCAAGCUGUUGCAGUGACUGCCAAUGCCGAAAAUCUCGGCUUUUACGGUUGUAAAUUCCUUGGGAAUCAAGAUACUCUGUACGCAAAAUCGGGUGCACAGUACUAUAAAAAUUGCUACAUUGAAGGAACCACGGAUUUCAUCUUCGGAAAUGCUGCUGCGUGGUUCGAAGCAUCCACCAUUGCUGCAAAGAAAGCAUCUGCUAUCACAGCGAUGAGCCGUACGCAGGCGACAGAGACCACCUGGUACGUCUUCGAGAAGUGCAGUAUUGUGGCUGCAAAGGGCUUCAGUUUGAAGCAGUCCGUUUUUCUUGGCCGUCCUUGGAGAGUCCUUGCAAGGGUCAUCUACCAAAACUCUGUGUUGUCCGACAUAAUUGCACCAAAAGGUUGGACAACCAUGGCCGAAAAUGCUACGCCAAUCUUCCAAGAAUUCAACAACUCUGGCGCAGGAUCAGAUAUUUCUAAGAGACUGUACACCACCAAGGCUACUGCUGCAAUGACACAAAGCAAGCUCUGGAAGGAUUCUAGCUGGAUUGACUCUACUUACUAG